UUCCGUUUCCGGAGGCCGGCGGGGCGGUUGCGGUUCCGGGGCCCGCGGCGGCGGGCGAUGCUGGAGGAGGGACGCGGCCGCUGCGCCAUGAGCUUCCUCAAGCGGUUCCCGCCGCCGGCCGAAGGCGUUCGGCACCGGCAGCCCGACACGGAGGCGGUGCUGGCGGGCCGCAGCCUGGGCGCCGGCACCCUGUACAUCGCCGAGAGUCGCCUGUCUUGGCUGGAAAACUCUGGCGUUGGUUUCUCCUUGGAUUAUCCCACCAUAAGUUUACACGCCGUGUCCAGGGACCUGAACGCGUACCCGUGGGAGCACUUGUACGUCAUGGUGAGCGCCAAGUUCGAAGAAGCAGAGACAAAAGAGGCUCCCAUGGCUGAAGGGGAGGAGGAGGAGGAGGAAGAAGACAGCGAUGACGAUACGGAACCAAUUGCAGAGUUCCGAUUUGUACCCAGCGACAAAUCAGCCUUGGAAGCCAUGUUCUCAGCAAUGUGUGAUUGCCAAGCUCUGCACCCAGACCCAGACGAUGAAGAUUCAGACAACGACUAUGAGGGGGAGGAGUACGAUGUUGAGGCCCAUGAGCUACAACAAGGUGACAUCCCAACCUUUUACACUUAUGAAGAGGGAUUGUCACAUUUAACUGCAGAAGGUCAGGCCACUCUGGAGAGGUUGGAAGGCAUGCUAGCCCAGUCUGUCAGCAGUCAGUACAACAUGGCUGGAGUGAGAACAGAAGACUCAAUAAGGGAGUUUGAAGAUGGGAUGGAAGUGGACAUAGCACCAGUAGUGGCGGGGCAGUUUGAAGAUGCAGAGGUCGAUCACUGAGAAGGACGUUUGCUGCUAUUCCUCUUGUGGCACUUGCAGAAGAAGCUGUAAAACCGAAGGCGUUGCAGUGACUAUCGGGAGUUAACCUUUCUGUUAAUGGCUGAAGCUUAGACAUCUAGGUCCAUAAAUGUUUCAUAGAUGUUUAAAACAGGGUUUGACAUUUAUGACCACUAAGUUGUUUUAAAAACAAAACGCAACAGGAACAAAAAACCCCAAUAAAACCUCUUGCAUCUAAUAACACUUGGAUGGGGCUAAUCAGGAGUCACUUCAGAGAAGCUUUUGUAGGAAUUCUAGGGCUUCAGGAUUAAAACUGUAAGUAGAAUGGGAUUUGAGAUUGUCCUAGAAUUGGCCAUAUUUUUGUACCUGUUCAUUGGGUGGGUGGAGUUGGGUGGAAACAGGAAUCUUGCAAAUUUGGACUGAAGGGAAAUAAGGUCGGCCAGGGAUUAAAAGCAGAGUUACAUUUUAAUGCCCUCAAGUAGCUGGUUUAUCAUUUCAGUGUCAUCACUGUCACUUCUCAGAGAGUAGGAUUUGGGUGGUGGAGGAGAUAGAAUACAAUCUGUAAAGUCCUGACAAAGAGAACUGCUUUGUGUGUUUGUAUUAAAUGUUAACAGCAUUGUUAAAUAAACUACGAUUUUUUUCUAUCUCACAA